AUGAAUAAACUGACACUUGUGCUAAUGUUUAGCCUCCUCGCUGCGGUGAUAGGCCAGCCAGCCGAAGAUGAUAAUGGAGUCAAAACUGGAAACAAUGAUGACGAUAACGGUGGUAAUGGUAACGAAGUAAAUGAUGAUGGUGAUAAUAAAAAUGAUGAUGGUAAUGGUAAGAAUGAUGAUGGAAAAGGUAGUGAUGAUGGUGAUAAUGAUGACGAUGACAAAGUUGAUGAUGAUGAUGGCCAUAGUAUCAAAGACAAACCAUCCACACGAAAACUCUUCGUCGCGAUUACUACCAAAAAAGCAAAAGACGUCGUAACCUCAGCUAAAAAACCAGCUACUGCGAUUACUACAAAAGAUAAACUAACACCAGCCGCCACUACAAAGACGACAGCUACCACUCGCGCAAAUGCUGGGAUAACCACCACCAUUAAACCAAUUGGUAAAGAAACAACUACUAUUAAGCCAAAUGGUAAAGAAACAACUAAACCUAAUGGUAAAGAAACAACUACCAUUAAGCCAAAUGGUAAAGAAACAACUAAACCAAUUGGUAAAGAAACAACUACCAUUAAGCCAAAUGGUAAAGAAACAACUAAACCAAUUGGUAAAGAAACAACUACCACUAAACCAAAUGGUAAAGUAAACACCACCACCACUAAACCAAAUGGUAAAGAAACAACUACCAUUAGGCCAAAUGAUAAAGCCACCACUACCACUAAACCAAAUGGUAAAGAAACAACUACCAUUAGGCCAAAUGAUAAAGCCACAACUACCACUAAACCAAAUAGUAAAGUAAACACCACUACCACUAAACCAAAUGUUAAAGAAACAACUACGAUUAGGCCAAAUGAUAAAGCCACCACCACCACUAAACCAAAUGUUAAAGAAACAACUACCAUUAGGCCAAAUGAUAAAGCCACCAUUACGCGAUCAGCGGUAACAGUCGCCACCACAAAAACUAUCGGAAAUGCCAACAAUACUGGAUACAACUGCGGUGAUAAUAAUCCAUGCAUAUCGGCCAACGCCGUACUCAAAUUAUUUUACUUUCCAUACGAGGGAGACAGAACUAAAUUUGUGCAGUGUUCUCAGUGGGGGCAAUGUUACGUGAUGCCCUGCUCUCCAGGGCUCGUUUGGGACGUUGAUAAAUUGACAUGUCUUUGA